GACGUAGUAAGAAGAGGAGCAGCUGCUGAAGUGAAGGUGGAGAGGCUGCUGUUGAUGGUCUUUAGCACUUUGUUUGCACACGUUUUUAUUUAGGCUCCUCUGAAGAAAACAUGGGAAGCACCGUGAUGGAGUCCAGCAAGGACAGCUCAAAGAAAAUGCCAAAGAAGAAGAAAAGCCUGCGGAUUAACAUGCCUGACUUUGGUGCAUUUACUUCCCCACAAGUGGAGACAAGUGACUCAACAAAAAGUGGCGCUAAGACGGCAGAACGUCAAAUCCAUUCAGCCAGCUCCACCAAAGGAGAGUCAAUGAGGAGCCCAGCCACGCUGCCCCUGCAUUCUCAGUCUGCUCCAGUGCCAGUGAGGACCAGUUCAGGGUCUCCAAAAACUAUCUUCCCCUAUCCCUCCUACCAGGACUCGCCACCCAAAUCCCCCCGCCGCUUGAGCUUCAGUGGUAUCUUCCGCUCCUCAUCCAGCUCAACGCCUCCAAUCAUCAAAAUCUUCUCCAGGACGAGGAAAGCCUCUGGACUCUCCACACCACCCACCACCCCCACCCGGGCGCCCAGCCAGCCUGUGUUCACCCAGGAGGCCGUGCCGAGCGGACCUGAACGCCCCAAUGCGAGAUCGCUAUCCCGCUCCAUCUCAACCCCUCCAGACACAGGACAGCGCCUCAGCCUUCCCUCUGCUAAACCCCCAAUCCCCUCCUCGAGCCCUGUGCCAUCAAACUCUACCUCGCAACCAGUGUACGGUUUAUUCGAAGGCAUGCUGGAGAAACUUGAACUAGACGAUGAUGCUGCUGAACCUGAGAGUGAUAUUUACAUGCGCUUCAUGAAAUCCCACAAGUGCUACGACAUCGUCCCCACGAGCUCCAAGCUGGUUGUGUUCGACACAGCACUCCAAGUUAAGAAGGCAUUCUUCGCUUUGGUAGCCAACGGUGUGCGAGCUGCUCCACUAUGGGACACAGAGAAGCAAAGCUUUGUGGGAAUGUUGACAAUCACCGAUUUCAUCAUCAUACUACACAGAUACUAUAAGUCGCCGAUGGUGCAAAUAUAUGAAUUAGAGGAACAUAAGCUUGAGACUUGGAGAGAGGUUUACCUUCAGGCAACAUUCAAACCUCUGGUCAACAUAUCACCUGAUGCAAGCCUAUUCGAUGCAGUGUACACCCUCAUCAAAAACAAAAUUCACCGCCUGCCCGUCAUCGACCCUGUCACGGGAAAUGCACUUUAUAUUCUCACACACAAGAGGAUCCUCAAAUUCCUCCAGCUUUUUAUGUGUGAAAUUCCAAAGCCAGCUUUCAUGAAGCAGACUCUCGGGGAGCUGGGCAUUGGUUCGUACCGUGACAUUGCUUUCAUCCGCCCCAACACGCCCAUCAUCAAAGCGCUCAACAUUUUUGUCGAGAGACGAGUGUCGGCCCUGCCUGUGGUGGAUGAGACGGGCAAAGUUGUGGAUAUUUACUCCAAGUUUGACGUCAUUAACUUGGCUGCUGAGAAGACGUACAACAACCUGGACAUCACAGUGACGCAGGCUCUGAAGCAUCGCUCCCAGUACUUUGAGGGAGUCAUGAAGUGCCAUAAAAUGGAAACAAUGGAGACCAUUGUGGACAGAAUAGUCAAAGCUGAAGUGCAUCGGUUGGUGGUGGUGGAUGAGCACUCCAGCAUCGAGGGCAUCGUCUCGCUGUCAGACAUCCUCCAGGCCUUAGUGCUCAGCCCUGCAGAUGCCUGUAAGGAGGAGACCCUGACUGAGUGAGAGGGACGAGGCAUCAGCUGGAGUGGAGACGUUUGAAUGUUGAGGAAUGGAGCGAGAGGCUGAGCGGUGCAAAGGUCCCAGAGCCGCCUGCUACGAUGCACUAUAUAGAGGCUCGGAAACCAAAGAGCUAGACAGCUGAAUGAAGUGGAGUUCCUGCACGGAGGAUUGAUUUUCUGAGUGUUUUUUCUUUUUCUGGAAAUGAGAUGCGCACACACAGUAUACUGUAUUUAUACACCGAGAUACACACACAUAGAGAUGCGUUAUGGUGACCUGCCAAGAAAAGGUGGCAAAGUCGAGACGGCUUCAGUGUUUUGUGUUGUUUAGCUACAAUCAUGCUGCUGUUAUCAGUUGAUUUUUAGUCACAUUUUGAUGCUACAGUAUAGGUCAACACCUCUUGGACAACUUCUCAGUUUUUUGUGUAAAAAGGUGGACAUUCAUGCAAUUUAUUGUUUAGUAGCAAAACUACACUUACAAAAUGGCCAUGUGUCGUUAAAAUCAAUGAUUGCCAGUGCUAAUAUGGAGAGAUUAAUGCCAAAUCUUUAUUUGUGCCUUUGGUUGCCCUGCCCACACACAAUUUAAAACUGAAAGUAUUUAUGUAACUUUGCUUAUGUUAAAUAAGUGCAAUUAAUGUUUUUUUUUUUAAAGAUAUAAAUAUGUAAUAUUUAAGUAGUUGGCAACCUUCUACUUCUCAUACAAAAAAGAUUGUCCUUGGUUGCAUUUCUGUGAUUUUUAAACCAUGUCAGAAGGGUCAAUAAUCUCUUUAAAUGGAUCUCAUUCUAAAAAAUAAUCCUGAUAUUAACAUCUUGACAAAAAAACACAAUGGUCUGAGGUAAACACACCAUUACAUUAAUAUAAUUAUAAUUGCUGAGAGCUAUGAGUGAGUUUCAGUUGUUUUACUUCAGUAGUUAUUUAAAGUCAUGGCAACUGAUGGAUGCAUUUUUGGAAUGUUUUUACAAGAAUGAGAAAUAUCUUUUUAAGAUGUUAAAAAAACCUUUUUUUACAUUUACUUUCAGUUAUUUUGACGCUUCAGAGAAUCUGAUAUUCGCAGACAUGCAAAACAACCGGGUGGUUUUAGCUGUAGCUCGACAGGACUCAUCUCCAUCUUUGACUGUAAAUAGUUUUCGGGAAACGUGUCACAUAAAGCUUUAUUUUUAUGAAUGUAUCAACAUGUUUAAAGAGACUGCAGUUUUAAUGUUAUUUUUGUAAAUAUAUUGUGGCAAUAUGUCCGGUUCAAAGAGACUUUGUAUGAGAUCCACAUGUACUGUAAAUGGGCAAGCAUGAGAAACUACACUUCAGCAGUAUGAAUGUCCUUUGUUUUACUUUUCUAUUUUUCUGACUGCAGAAAAAUAAAUGGACACUGAAUGUA